AUGAACGAAACGAGCCCAUCCAGCAGUUCGGAAACCGACAUUGUCCUCGAACCCGGGAACCCAGGGUCAUCUGAAAGCGCUGAAACUGCAGUCGAUGCCUGUUUAGAAGUCCUCCAGAAUGAAGACCUCGUUUACCUUAUUCUCAAAAUGCUAUGUGAGUCGUUCGAAACGAGCCACAUCAGUGCUAUUAGUGGUCCCAGCCAGUGGAAGCGCCAUCUCCUCCCCUUGGUUCUGGUUACGCCGUUCUUCAAGGCUGCAACCGACAUGAUAUGGGAACACAUGCAUUGUUUACUUCCAGUCUUCUCCUUACUUCCAUCGUUCAAGGCAGAGGCCACGGGAUAUUCAUUCGGUGGCAUAACGGACGACGAAUGGAGCAGUGGAUUCUACCUAUACACGGAGAAGGUGAAGCAGUUUACCUUCACUUCUCCCUGCGUUUUCGAGGAGAUCUCCCAGUCAUGGCUCUCUUUCCUUCUCAUCGAGAGCUUAAAGCGACCCUUCUUUCCCUCGCUAAAGUCCUUCACGCUGCUCCAUGGCGCCCAAAGUGCCUUGAAGAUAUUACCCAUGACAAUACACCCCGCUUUUCAAUCGCUGGAUAUGCAACUUCGCUCCAUCAUGAAUACGACGGCUGUACCCAAAGACUGGGAGACAGAAGGCGAAGGGGACUCCGGAAUUGAUCCCUUCGUUUCCAGUGUAGCCUCGUUGACCAGCCAAUUGAAGAAAUUGCGAUACAGAGGUCCACUCACGGAUUCAUCGCUGAUUUCCAUCUCCCGACUAAAGAAGCUACAUAGCUUGAGCUUAACCCCGACAACACCUUGCACCUACAACGAAUUGCCCCGGAAACUCAAAAAUCUGACUGAACUGCGCGAUUUGACCAUCGCCGUUCAUCGACCUCAAUCAGAUCCUCCGACAUGUCCCAAUUACAAGUAUCCAUCGGGUGGGCAUUUACGGCUUACUAGCAUCAGCCUGACUGGCAAAGCCUGGAGCAUUUGUUGUCUCGUUUCCCAACUCUCGCCGACAACGCUCGUUCGCUUCAGGGCUUGCGUGACAGAUAUUGGCAAUGGGGGUCCCCUGAAAAAACAGCUAGCGAUUGUUUUAUCCCGCAACAAAGCCCUUCAGCACCUCACUGUUUCCUCAUUCCAGCCCCUCGUGGCGAGAACCCGAAAUUGCACUUAUUCUUCACUCCCUGACAGCCCCGAAUUCGACCUACUUACCAAGCUACCUUCAAGCAUACGUUCAGGCUUGCAGGAGGUGGACAUCACGGGUAUUCCCAUUUUCUCGACGUCAGACAUCCGGCUGGCUGUGACAAGGUGCCUCCAACAUUACCCGGACGCGUCUUUGAUCAAGUUUCGAUUCCACAUCCCGAAGCCUCUCCGGAAGGAUGAAGACGAGGCGUUUCUGCCCACAUGGGACACCCUCUCCUUCAUCGCCCUCGAAGGCUCCAAGACUCUAAGGCAUUUGGAACUCCAAUUGCAAACUGCUUGCUUCCAACAACCUCCCACCAUUCCUCCCGGAUUUAGCGACCACGGUCUACAACACUUGUUCAUUGUGACGGACGACCCUUCACUGAACCUCAGCUUUCAUGACAAGAUCGCCAUCGCCGUGUUCAUCGACCACCUCUUCCCCCAUUUACAGAGUGUGGGUGGAACGGCUGAAGAGGAGUGGGGAAUGAUCAACGCCCUCGUUCUAUCGUAUCAGGAACGGCGGCUGGCUGCUCUGGAGCGAUACCGACAGGAGUCGCAGGGUAAGGAGCAACGUUAG